GCGCGUAUCUUCUUUGAAUAUUUUUUGAAUGUUCUUUCAUCCAUCUUCCCCCAGCUGGGAGAAGCAGCCAUCGUUGUGUCUGAUCACCAAUCUCUUUGGCAUAGCCGACCGAGGGCAUACUCACACUAGUACGUUUUUUGCGUAUUUUUGGGCGGAACUGUGGCCAGAUACAUCCAGGUAUGGCGUGAAUGCGGUCAGAUACGUUUGAGAUACUUCUAGUGUGAGUAUGCCCUGACUUCCGCGCGUCGCACUUGUUGCCUUUUGGCAUAUCGCUGAGCUGCUGCGUUUGGCGGGGUCACUGAGGGCAUACUCACGUGAGGACUUUUUCUACCAAGCUCUGGACGUUAUUGCCGUCAGAUCCCGGCCUGGUCGUAAUUGCGGUCAGAUGCAUUUAUGAAAGUACUACCAAGUGUGAGUAUGCCGUGGUGAAUUUGGUCCGGUCUGCGAGCCUCAAUAGGCUACCGGUAGCAGCGACCAGUAGCGGCCGUUAUGUGUCUGUCCGCCAACCAAUGAAGGCUAACUUGUCCAUGUCACUUUGGCCUGGCAUGGCGGUCUAGGGGUGAGUGAAGUUGGUUGGUAUGAUCAGCGGUGAUCGUUAUGGUCAGCCUGUCAAUCAAUCAAGCAGUGGGUCGACCGAUCAAUCGGUAUCAUUGAUGAGUUGAUGAGUGUAGUGGUAAAUCAGUCCGUCUAUCCCGCCAGCAGCAACUAAUCAAUCCGCCGCAGUGCCGCAAGCUUGGGUUGGGGGAUUAGAGCGUCCGUCGCUUGACGUCGGGGUCGGUGACGGCUGCCUUUGCCCGGUUGGAUCGGCGAGCCGUCGUUGUCUGCGAACAAGUGAAACGAACGCGAGAGAGAAAGAGAAUAGGGGGAUUAAUACAUAGGUAGGUUCAUACAUACAGGUAGAUUAAUCGGUAUAGCUACAUAGAUUAUAUAGACAGCUAAUCUCUCUCACACACACACACACACACACACGCAGAGAGAGAGAGAGAGAGAGAGAGAGAGAGAGAGAGAGAGAGAGAGAGAGAGAGAGAGAGCUAAUCACACACAGACACACACACACACACACACACACACACACACACAGAGAGAGAGAGAGAGAGAGAGAGAGAGAGAGAGAGAGAGAGAGAGAGAGANAGAGAGAGAGAGAGAGAGAGAGAGAGAGAGAGAGAGAGAGAGAGAGAGAGAGAGAGAGAGAGAGAGAAGAUGGUGAGCGAACGGGAGCGAGAAGCCAUAGAAUCGGCGGUGGGGAAGAUAUUGGAGGAGGCAGAUAUGGAGAAAGUAACGGAGAGAAUGGUGAGGUCGUUAGCAGAGAAGAGGACGGGAAUUGCACUGUCUACACGAGACCACAAGGAUAUAGUGAGGCGAUGUAUCGAGGAAUUUCUUGAGAAGGUACAAGCGGAGCCUGAGGAAGAGCCUGACGAAGAGGAGGAGAAAAAGCCGGACAGGAAGAGGAAAUCAGGUCGUAAUGAAGAUGGCGAGGAAGUAGACGAAGACGUAGAAGAGGAGGAGAAGGAGAGGAAGAGCAAGAAGUCCAAGAGCCACGAGAAAAAGGGUGCAACAAAGGGAUCGGGAUCGGGAUCGGGGUCGGGCGCAAAGGUAGGCGGCGGUGGAAGAACAACGGGCAGCAACGGCGAGAUCAUCGUCUGUAAGCUGUCGGACAAGAGGAGGGUUACCGUCUCUCUCUUCAAAGGGAAAGUUUAUGUCGGUAUCAGGGAGUACUAUGAGAAGGAAGGGGAAAUGCUCCCCACCCAAAAGGGCAUCAGUCUAUCAGUGGAUCAGUGGAAAAAAUUCAAGGAGGCGGUACCAGAUAUUCAAGACAUAAUUAAGCAGCGGUUGUAAUUGGGGUGGAGUAUAACAUAUAACAUCCAUGAG